AUGUCCCCCCAACGCACCCGUGCCCAUGGCGCCCCCCAGCCGUCCGGGCCCCGGUUCCCUCUUGCCCAGGCCCCGAACCACGCGCUGCGGGGGCCCCCCACCGGCUCGGAGCCGGGUGUUUUGUUGGCCGUCCUGCCCUUGCUGCGGGCCGGCCCCAUCAACGAGUCCGUUCGCGGGGAGGAUGUCUACAUCGUGCAAACCGGCAAGGGCGCGGUCAAUGACCACAUCAUGGAGCUGGUCAUCAUGAUCAGCGCAUGCAAGAUGGCCUCCUCGCGCCGGGUGACCGCGGUCAUCCCGUACAUGCCGUACUCCAAGCAGUCGAAGAAGAAGCGCCGGAAUUGCGUGGUGGCCCGGCUCUUUGCCAACAUGCUGCGCGUGGCCGGGGUCGAUCAUGUCAUGACCAUGGACCUGCACCACUCGCAGAUCCAGGGGUUCUUCAGCGUGCCGGUGGACAACCUGGUGGCCGAGCCCUCGAUCGCCGAGUACAUCCGCAACAAUGUGGCCGACUGGCGCAAUGCCGUGGUGGUGGCCAAGAACCCGGGCGCCACGAAGCGCGUCACCUCGCUGGCCGACUGCCUGGGCAUCGAGUUCGCCCUGGUGCACACCUUCGAGAGCCGGGCCCGCGGCAAGGACGGAGCCAAGAAGAAGGAAUAUGCCCUGGUCGGCGAUGUCAGUGACAAGAUUGUUUUCAUCCUGGACGACCAUAUCGACAAGUGCAAGGCCUUCAUCAGCGCCGCGCACACGGUCCUCAAGCAGGGCGCCACGCGGGUGUACAUCGUCGCCACGCAUGGCAUUCUCUCUGGCGACUCGCUCGAGACCCUGGAGGAAGAGGACGCCAUCCACGAGGUCAUCAUCACGAAUACCGUUCCCAUCAGCUUGCGCCCCGAUACCAAGGUCCGGGUGAUCGACGUGUCGGACACCUUCGGUGAGGCCAUCCGCCGCACGCACAAUGGGGAAUCCAUCUCCUAUCUCUUCUCCCACACCCCGGAGGAGCUGUACCAGUGA